UUAAAAAAGUAUAUUCCUGUAUAAUAAACAUUUAAUUAAUAUAAUAAUGUCUGAAAAACCAAAGUUAGAUCUUGGAGUCCUUGAAGAAGACGAUGAAUUUGAAGAAUUCCCUGUGGAAGAUUGGAAGGAUAAGGAUAAGGAUGAACAGGAUAUUAGCGUCUGGGAGGAUAACUGGGAAGAUGAUAAUGUAGAGGAUGAUUUUAAUAAGCAAUUAAGGGCACAAUUGGAAAAGCAGAAUGCUAAACAAGGAAAAUAAUUCAU